UAAAGACCUGCAUGGGUUCUACCUCCUCCCUCAUCUGAGCGUCGUCACUCCGAAGCACGAGCGAUGGUGGCGUCCAGAUUCUUGACCUUGUUUAUGGCCGUGGGCUUGUCUUUCACUCCCGUAACUCGGGGGUCCUUCCAUUCUUUAUUCGACCACCACAAUCGUCGUCAGACAGAGGUCAUUCCCACCGACCUUCCUGGCAAUUGGAGCUCUGUAGGAUGCUUCACAGACAAUUCUGCCGCGAGGACACUCACCUCGUCGACAUUCACUAACACAACCGGCAUGACCGUCGAGGCCUGCGUUAAUUUCUGCAACUCAGGAUCAUUUAUCUUCGCAGGUGUCGAAUUCAGUCAGGAGUGCUACUGUGGCGACGAGAUCUCGAACGGCGGAACUAACACAACCUUGUCCGAUUGCAACUCUCCUUGCACGGGGAAUGCUACGGAGACAUGUGGCGCAGGCUCACGUUUGAGCAUGUACUGGAGUGGCGCACAACCUCCUCCACCUCCUGUUAUUGACCCCAGCGUCGGCCCCUGGGUAUCCCUCGGGUGUUACAAUGAUUCUACUGCUGACCGGGUGCUUGACGUCCCAACUGAUGUGACGGGAAGUGUCAGCGUCCAAACAUGUACCGCCGCAUGUUUCGCAUCAGGCUACCCUCUUGCUGGAAUGGAAUUUGCGGACGAAUGCUACUGUUCCCUGUCUAUUCUGAACGGAGGCGUACCCGAGCCGGCCGGAGACUGCAACAUGCCAUGCGUUGGGAACAGCUCCGAGUUCUGUGGUGGACCUAAUCGUCUCAACGUUUACAACCUCACCGACCAUACCGGCUUGCCCCCCGUCACCACACCAGUACCACCCGGAGGCGGCGGAGGAAGCACCACGCCAGUCUUCCCAGUUUCUACACUCCCUGCGCCGUGGACGUAUGCGGCGUGUUAUGUGGACGACGCUUUUGGACGUGUAUUCGAGACGGAGCUCCCGGAUAAUUCGGCUCUUACUGUGGAGAGCUGCAUCGCGUCUUGCUCCGCCCAAAACUUUACCCUUAUUGGCCUCGAGUUUUCGGUCCAAUGCUUCUGUGGCGAUGAUUUGAUCGAAGGCGCUGUCGUUGCCCCAGACACAGACUGCAACAUGGGCUGUGGUGGAAAUGCGACUGAGGCAUGUGGUGGACCGAACCGACUUUCCGUGUAUACCUCGACUGGCAAUGUCACCGUCUUCCCCGUUCCCGUCGCUCAGAACACAAGUCUUCCCGGACAAUGGCAGUAUCAGGGCUGUCUUGCCGAACCUGGUGCAAACCGCGUCUUCCCGUACCAGAUUAUCAACACGAACAACAACUCGGCCGAUGCUUGUUUGACCCAAUGCGCUGCCUUUGGAUACCCCGCAGCCGGAAUGGAAUUCGGUGACGAAUGUUGGUGCGGAGAUGUAGCCGAUAUCCAGGCAAAUGGAGGUGUUUCAGCUCCUGAGAGUGACUGCGAUAUAGCCUGCUCUGGUGAUCCCAUCCACCUCUGUGGCGGUGCCCAAAGGCUGCAACUGUACUUCUACAACGGUGGCAUCGAUACCUGGCACACCCCAGCGGUCACUGGUUACUACGAGUUCUUGAUCGGUGGACUCGUCGUUCCACUCAUCGCCACAGUCGGUGUAAACAACAAGGUCACCUUCCUCGAGAAGUUUGGGACCAGUGAAUUUGACAACAGCACGGGUGCUUACGAACUCGACCUGAGCCUCACGGAUGACUUCGCACAUGCAUGGAGAGAGAUGCACGUCAAAACCGACGUCUUCUGCUCUGCCUCCCUCAUCCUCCCGGACAAGGGCGCCAGACAGAUCAAUGUCGGUGGCUGGUCUGUGGACUCUCUUUAUGGCAUCAGGCUUUAUACGCCUGAUGGAAGUCCUGGCGUGAAUGGCACCAAUGAUUGGGAGGAGAAUGGAGACGAAUUGACCCUUCAGCGUCCGCGUUGGUACCCCUCAGCGCUUCUUCUAUCUAACGGCUCUAUUCUGGUAGUCGGAGGGGAAAUUGGAUCGAAUGGAGUUCCGGAGCCGACACUCGAGAUUCUACCCACACCUGCAGGCGGCCCAACCUAUCUCACCUUGGACUAUCUUCAGCGAACCGAUCCUAACAACCUAUACCCAUUUCUCAUCAUGCUUCCUAGCGGUCGGGUCUUUAUAGGCUAUUACAACGAGGCUCGAAUCCUUGACCCGGGUACUUUCGACACUAUCACGGUCCUUCCUAACAUGCCGGGCUCAGUUACAAGCUUCGAAGCCGGGCGCACAUACCCUAUGGAAGGAGCGGCACUUCUACUUCCACAAUACCCCCCGUACACGGACCCGGUUACAGUUCUCAUAUGCGGCGGGUCUAACUUUGGAGUGGCGCUCGACAAUUGUAUCAACAUCCAACCGGAAGUGGAAAACGCCACUUGGUCUCUUGAGCGUAUGCCCUCGAAACGAGUGAUGCCCAUUAUGGCUGCUCUUCCCGACGGAACUAUGCUGAUCUUGGGUGGCGCAGAACAAGGAGUUGCUGGAUUCGGUCUCGCGGACGAUCCCAACCUUUCUGCUUUACUUUACGAUCCCACGCAGCCUCUCCACCAGCGUAUCUCAAUCCUCAACAACACCAUCGUCGCUCGAUUAUACCAUUCGGAGGCUACCCUUCUCCCUGACGGCCGUGUCCUCGUCUCUGGCUCUGACCCCCAGACGAACAACCCCGAUGGCACGCCCAAGUUCCCGGAAGAGAUGAGGAUCGAGGUCUACGUUCCACCAUAUCUGACUCAAGGACGCACGAAGCCGACAUUCACCGUGACGGAGACUGACUGGGCCUAUGGCGGCCAAUAUACCCUGAACGUUCAAUUGACCUACGGCCCCAUCUCUAAUAUGCGUGUCUCUUUGAUAGCAGGUACCUCGAGCACCCACGGAAACGUCAUGGGCGGACGUACUAUAUUCCCCGAAUUCUCUUGCAGUGGGACAACCUGCACUGUCACGGCGCCCCCCAACUCCUUCGUCAGCCCUCCUGGGUGGUGGCAACUUUUCGUUCUCGAUGGGCCUACCCCCUCUAUCUCACAAUGGGUUCGCAUCGGUGGAGACCCUGGAGAACUCGGUAACUGGCCGAACUUGCCUGGCUUCACGCUUCCUGGUGUCUGAAGAUAUCGAUUAUAAUCUACUCUUUUCACACGGGUGGAACCCUGCGUCACACGAACAUUAUCUACUGCUAUCAUCACUCCUUUUUCGUUUUUCUAUUGUUUGGGACUUUGUUGGAUGAUCUCGUCGGUCGUGUUUGGUCUAUGGGCGUACUCUGGCGCCGAAUUUUGUGUAUUCAGCACGACACUUCCUCUACUGUGACCGCGAUUCAUCUAACCAUCAUACACAUAAUUGUAUCGCAAUUGUCUG